CGCGACGGCCUGCGCAGCAUCGCCCAAUUCCUUAAUUCGCGCGACUCCAACCGCACAUUUGAUCAAAAUGGACGCGGCGUCGAUUGUGGAGAUCAACAAGGUCCGGCUGGCGAUGGGCAUGAAACCCCUGCCAGUCCCGGGAGCCGCGCCGCCACCCAAAGAGCCGACCCCGGAAAAGGAGACGGGCGACGACGGCCGGCCAGUGAGCACCCUCGAGACUCGCGAGGCCGCCGGCGUCGAGAACUUUCGAAAAGUACAAGAAGCCGCGGCGGCAAAGAGGAAGCGAGAAGAGAAAGCCGCCGCCAUCAAGAAGGCACGCGAGCUGGCGCAGCGCUCUGCCGUGGUCGCGGGCAAGGGUCUGGCCGACGACGACGACGACGAGGACUUGGACGUCAAGUCAUGGCUCAAGAAUCAGAAGAAGCGGCAAAAGAAGAUCGAGGCUGCUCGGAAGGCCGAGGAGGAGAAGGCCGCCGCCGAAGCCGCCAAGGCUGCCGCGGCCGAGCACACCGCGGCGGACUUGGCUGGUGUCAAGGUCGCGCACGACAUGGCUAGCUUCCUGGGCGGCGACGAUCAGAUCCUCACGUUGAAGGACGCAGGUGUGCUCGAGAACGAGGAGGAAGGCGACGAGCUCGAGAACCUGGAGCUGCGGGAGCAGGAGAAACUCCAGGAGAGGCUGGAUCUCAAGAAGAAGCGACCCGUCUACGAUCCCAACGACGUCGACGAGACGGGCGAGAUUGGUCUGUUGUCCAAGUAUGAUGAGGAGAUCUAUGGCAAGAAGAAGAAGGCUUUUACUCUAGACUCGGUUGCGACGAAGACGGAGCUCGCGGAUAUCCUCGAGGCGCCAGCAGCCCAAAGGAGGAAGCACCAGGUGGCGGACCUUGAUGCUCUCGGUAGGGAUCUUUGCAAUACGCACAGUGGCCGGCCAGGAUCAGUGCUAACCGACGGCGGAACAGAAGACGCGCCUGCGCCGACUUCGGACUAUCUAGAUCCGUCAGAAGUGAAGGUCAAGAAACCCAAGAAGAAGAAGUCCAAAUCGACGCGACGGCGACGAGAGGACGACGACGACGUCUUGUUUGCCGGUGACGCAGCCAAUGGCGAGGAGGAAGCGCAGGAAAUGGAGGUCGACUCUGGCGCUCCUGCCCCCGCGAAGAAGAGGAAAGUGGUCGACGACGGUUUUGUCGAUGACGAAGACCUACAAUCAUCCCUGGCGCUCCAGAGGAGGGAGGCGUUAAAGAAGAGGAAGAAGACGCGGCCGGAGGACAUCGCGAAGCAGCUGCGAGAAGCAGAGAACGCAGACGGAGAGGUUGAAGAGGACAAGGGCGCCGUGAUGGACGAGAUCAGCAGGUUCGUCGACGGGCUGCGCGCCGAGGCCGAAGAAGAGCGCAAGCCGCGCAGGCUCAAGAGUGAAGAAGCAGUCACCAAGAUGAAGGAGGAGUCCUCCGAAGACGAAGAAAUGCGCGACGUGGACCACCCCUCGGCUUCCCGCGAGGCGACGCCCCUAGGCGAAGUCCCCGUCACGGGCGUGGAAGAGGAAAAGACGGUCGACCAAGGCCUGGGCGCCACGCUCGCGCUGCUCCGCGACCGGCACCUCAUCGAGGAGGGCAGGGGCGCCGAGCUCAACGAGAAGUUCCGGCAGCGGCAGCGCUUCCUCAACGAGCUGCGCCGGCGCAUGGACCUGUUCGACCAGGAGACGCGGGCGCAGCGCGAGCGCGACCGGGCCAGCGGGCGGCUGGACCGCAUGUCGGCGCGCGAGCGCGAGGAGUGGCAGCGGCAGCAGAACACGAUCCGCGACCAGCACCAGUCGCGCGUCAUCGACCAGCUCUUCCGCGAGGGGUACCGGCCGGACGUGGAGCUCAAGUACGUCGACGGCGACGGGCGCCGGCUGGACGCCAAGGAGGCCUUCAAGGAGCUGUCGCACCAGUUCCACGGCAAGGGCAGCGGCAAGGGCAAGACGGACAAGCGGCUCAAGAAGCUGGCCGAGGAGAAGAGGCGGAUGGCGCAGAGCAUGCUGGACGCGAGCCAGAACGUGGGCAUGAGCUCGGCCGCGUCGCAUCAGAUCAAGAAGCGGCGCGAGGCGGGCGUGCGGUUGGCGUAGGCCCCGCGGUAUUUACGACUGACUGAUGCGCGCGGUUGAUUUGGGUCUGUUCUGGGAUACCGAGAGUCCAAGAAAGGUUGUAGAGGGAGAGGUCUGACCCUGGCCAGGCUUCGAACUGUGUGGUUCCAGU